UCUUCGUUCUCUUCGUUAAUACAUGGAAUCAGAACCCUUGAGGACGAGCUGCGAAGCUUUGCCCUUACAGCCGGCCGCCAUCUUUGUUAAGGGUGUCGUGACUUCCUUCUGGGGCGGAAGAGGGCCUGGGGGCGGGGCUAGAAUAGGGACUGAGGGUCUAUUUGCGUUGGAAGAGGAAGGCGGGAAUCGGAUCCUCUUCCAGUCCCCUCCCCAUUCUCGCCCUCUGGCGGCAUCGGACUGCAGCUCGAUUUAGUGGAUCCAUCGUCACGCUGCAAGGCCGACUCUGAUCAUCCCCACGUGGGGGACGUGGGGGGGGGUCCCAAAUGGGGGAGGAGGGGGCUGAAGGCACCGUCCAUCUGUUGUGCCUCACGGCCUCCAGUGGCGUCCCCCUGUUCUGCAGGAGCAGCCGCAGCGGCGCCGCCGCCCGCCAGCAGCUCCCGUUCUCUGUCAUCGGCUCCCUCAAUGGAGUCCACAUGUUUGGGCAGAAUCUCGAGGUGCAGCUGAGCUCUGCGAGGACCGAGGACACCACCGUGGUGUGGAAAAGCUUCCAUGACAGCAUCACCCUCAUUGUCCUGUCAUCUGAGGAGGGCACCUCGGAGCUGAGGCUGGAGAGACUACUCCAGAUGGUUUUUGGGGCCAUGGUUCUUCUCGUGGGGCUUGAAGAACUGACCAAUAUCCGCAAUGUAGAGAGACUGAAGAAGGAGUUGAGGACCAGUUACCGCCUCAUCGACAGCUUCCUGGGGGACCCAGAGCUCAUCGGGGACCUGACUCAGUGUGUGGACUGCGUGGUUUCUCCAGAGGGGUCCCUCCUUCAGGAAGCUCUCUCGGGCUUCGCGGAGGCAGCUGGCACGGCCUUCGUCAGCCUGGUCGUAUCGGGCCGGGUGGUGGCGGCAACGGAAAGCUGGUGGCGGCUGGGGACGCCAGAGGCCGUGCUGCUUCCCUGGCUGGUGGGGUCCCUGCCGCCGCAGGCCGCCCGCGACUACCCGGUGUACCUGCCACACGGGAGCCCGACGGUGCCGCACCGGCUGCUCACCCUGACGCUGCUCCCGGGCUUGGAGCUGUGUCUGCUGUGCGGGCCGCGCCCUCCCCUCAGCCAGCUGGAUCCACAGCUCCUGGACCGCUGGUGGCAGCCGCUGCUGGACCCGCUGCGGGCCUGCCUGCCGCUGGGGCCCCGAGCGCUGCCCGCAGGCUUCUCUCUCCACGCGGACAUCCUCGGGCUGCUGCUGCUCCACCUGGAACUGAAGCGCUGCCUCUUCACCGUGGCGCCCUCGGGGGAUAGAGAGCCUUCCCCUGAGCGGCGAAGGCGUCUCCUCCGCUCCUUCUACACCCUGGUGACCGCCACGCACUUCCCACCAGAGCCAGGGCCACCGGAGGAGAAGGCGGAAGACGCUGCCCAGCAGGCCCACGUGCCUCGAGCCUGCUACCUGGUGUCGGGGACAGAGGAGCCAGGCCUGGGGUGGCGGCUGGUGGCGCUCCAGGUGGGGCCACGGCGGCUGCUGCUGCUGCUGUCAGCCCAGAGCCCCAUCCACGGGCUGCGGGGCCUGGCCACCCACACGCUGCACGCCCUCACGCCACUCCUCUGACACUGGCAGUGGACACGGGGCUGUUAGCGUCUCUGUUUAUUCGCUCACAAUAAUACAAGACCCCCGGGCGGGGAGGAGGCGGGAGGGGCUACGACGAGUGGGGCAGGGUGGGAGGGGAGGAGGCACCUACUUCCCUGGUUCCUCUCCCCUCUGUGCUUGGGGGGGGAAGGGAGGGAGGGGGCUCCCCCUGACCCCCCAGAAUGUAAACAGCAGCAGAUGAACAAAAAUAAAAAUACAAAAGGCCG